AUGUUACGUUUACAUGUAUUGGACAUUGUGUUUCUUGUGAUACUUUUGCCGGAAAAUGUAAAAUUGUUAAAGAACGGUUUAGCGCUAACACCACCUAUGGGUUGGAUGUCGUGGGGCUACUAUAUGUGUGCUGUAAAUUGUGACAAUUAUCCCGAUAAAUGCUUAAAUGAGAAUCUUAUACUAUCUGUCGCAGACACUUUCUAUCAUGAUGGUUACCAGGAAGCUGGUUUUGAGUACAUCAUAAUAGAUGACUGUUGGUCAGAGAAAGAAAGAGAUGAAAACGGAAAACUUGUUCCUGAUAAAAAGAGAUUUCCCAAUGGAAUGAAGUAUAUAGCUGAUUAUAUACACACUCGUGGAUUGAAAUUUGGCAUGUAUACAAAUAUAGCAGAAAUAACUUGUAUGAAAUAUCCAGGCUCACAGUAUUUUUUUGAUAUUGAUGCACAGACCUUCGCAGAUUGGGGAGUAGACUACUUGAAAGUAGAUGGAUGUUUUGUCAAAGAAGAUUAUCUCAAUACAGGGUACAUUGACCUUGGACAAGAAUUGAAGAAAACUGCCAAAGAUAUGGUGUAUUCAUGUAGUUGGCCAUACUAUAUACAAUUCAUUCACAAAAAAAUGCCAGAUUACCAAAAAAUAGCAAAGCAUUGUAAUAUGUGGCGGAAUUAUCAUGAUGUGCAACUCCAUUGGCCAGCUGUGAAGGCGAUUAUAAAUCACUAUAAAAAUGAAUAUGACCGAAUCAGCCCUUACCAUGGACCAGGCCAGUGGAAUGACCCAGAUAUGAUCAUCUUUGGUACUGGAGCACUAAAUGAGAAUCAAAGCCGGGUCCACUACACAGUGUACCUGAUGUUGUCUGCACCAAUAUUGCUCAGCUGCGACAUGAACAAGAUAACCACCUUUGAGAAAAAAUUAUUGCAGAAUCUAGACCUUAUUGCAAUUGGACAAGAUCCAUUGGGAAUUAUGGCUAAACCCUAUCAGCUAGAGCAGUUAGUGAUAUUAUGGGUGAAACCUCACCUACCCAUGAAGGGAGAUAGAUUCCACUCGUUCUCUUUCGCUAUUGUCAACUUGGACACCGAGCAACAUUUGAUCUCUAUAUACCCAGUAGUAUAUGGCGUCAACUCCACCGAUGGUUACUCUGUUAUGGAUGUGUUUGCUAAUACCUUCCGUAAGAACGUCACACUGAAAGAUUACAUACAAGUUGUAGUGCCUGCAGAAGAUGUUAUUCUUUAUACGUUGUUCCCGUUAUAA